AUGGCAGGCUUCGUCCUGCAGCUCCUCAUCGUGGUCCCCCUCGCCCUCCCUGUCGCGGAGCCCUCAGUGUUUCUUUCUGCCUCAAGAGCAAAUGGAGUGCUGGUAAGAUGGAAGCGUGCUGGCUCCUAUCUUUUGGAAGAGCUCUUUCAGGGGAAUUUGGAAAAAGAAUGUUAUGAAGAAAUCUGUCUCUAUGAAGAAGCAAGAGAAGUGUUUGAAAAUGACAUGACCACGAAUGAAUUCUGGACGAGGUACAUGGGUGGCUCCCCGUGCGCCUCCCAGCCCUGCCGCAACAGCGGGACCUGCCAGGACAACAUCCGCAGCUACACCUGCACCUGCGCCUCGGGCUAUGAGGGCAGGGACUGCACCUUCGCUAAAAAUGAAUGUCACCCACUGAGGAUGGAUGGGUGUCAACACUUCUGCCACCCGGGAGAGGAGUCCUACACGUGCAGCUGUGCCCAGGGGUAUAAACUGGGCCAGGACCACAAGUCGUGCAUCCCGCACGGUGAGUCCUCAGACGAGAAACGAGAGGAGAGGUGCGCGUGUGGAAUCCUGAAUUCUGAGAGCAUCACCACACCAGAGAACAGCACGCAGAAUCUUCAGAUCUUCCCAUGGCAGGUAAAACUAACAAAUUCCAAAGGAGAAGACUUCUGUGGUGGUGUUGUAAUACAGGAAAAUUUUGUACUGACAACGGCAAAAUGUUCGCUAUUACACAAAAAUAUUAGUGUGAAAACAAAUUUUCACAGAAUGAGCAAAGACCCAGUGACCAUAGCGGUGCAGAGCGUCCACGUGCACAUGAGGUACGAGGAACAAACCGGGGACAAUGAUGUUUCGCUGUUGGAGCUGGGGCUGCCCAUCCAGUGCCCGGAUGCUGGGCUCCCCAUCUGCGUGCCGGAGAGGGACUUUGCAGAGCAUGCCCUCAUCCCGGGAGCACGGGGUCUCCUCAGCGGCUGGACGCUCAACGGCUUCCAGCUGGGCAAUGUGCCGACGCAGCUGCUGGUCACACACAUGGACGGUGAGGAGUGUGGCCAAGCCCUUAAUGUGACAGUCACGACGAGGACGUACUGCGAAAGGGGAGCAGUGGGUGGAGCAGUGCGGUGGGCAGAGGGCAGUGUGGUCACCAGAGAACACGAAGGCACCUGGUUCUUGACGGGGAUCCUGUGCUCAGUGCCCACAGAUGAGCACGGACGGGUGUUUCUUCUCACCAAGGUUUCAAGAUACUUACUCUGGUUUAGACAAAUCAUGAAGUUACUAAGCCCAGCUAACCACAAAGAUUAAAAUAUGCAGUGGGAUUCCAAAUUUUAACUGCAAUCAUG